ACGCCCCCCCCUCCUCCUCCUCCUCCGCGUCGGGCGCAGUCAGAUCAGAUCCAAACUCCAGUCUGAAGUUUGCAGCGGAGCCGCGGACGUCCUGCGUCGUGGCGCGGGGCUGGAGCGCGUCUCGGGUCGGAUCUCUGAUCUCUGAUCUCUGCGCCGGUUCCAGGUCCUGGAUCUCGGAGUCAUGGCUCCGUUCGGGAAGAACUUCCUCAAGGCUCGAAUGAAGAACAGGACGAAGGACGCCGAGCCCGUCAUAGGGAAGGAGAUUCAAAUCACCGUCUGCAAUGAGGAAAAGGUCGUCUGCGGCGUCACCAAACACACGACGUGUACAGAUAUGAUCCAGGCCUUGCUGGAGGACCACAAGUCCCUCCCGGAGAGCAAACGGCUCCUUCAUGGGGACCCCAAAGACUUCUGUCUGGUGGAGCGGUGGAAGGGCUUUGAGAGGGCCCUGCCGCCCCUCACCAGGAUCCUCCGGCUCUGGUACGCCUGGGGGGACCAGAGGCCCUUCAUACAGUUCUUCCUGGUCAAAACCAGCGACUUUGUGCCUCAGACCACCAAGAAGGCCGGAAAGCCCAAGGGGGCAAAGCCGAAGCGGUGGGAACACGGCCGCAACCAUCACACCCAGCACCUGCCGGCGGAGAAGCAGAAGCGCUUGGUGAAGAAGGCUUUCCGCAAGCUGGAGAAGCUCCACAAGGAGAACAGGGGCUUCCCGGGGACCGAGGAGGUCGAUCGCAUGGUGCAGCUCAUCCUCAACCAGGACCACAUGAUCAGGGAACAGAUCCACCGCAUGAGGGACCUGGAUCAGGAGAUCGAGCAGUUUGAGCUCCAAACGAGCCAGGAACCCGGGGAUUGUGGUUCUAACCUGGCGGCGCACAGCGAGGAGGAGCUGGAGGAGUUUCUGUACACCAGCGGCGGCGUUGAGCAGCUCCAGAUGCAAGUCCAAAGGCACCAGGAGCUCAUCCUGCAGCUUUCCCUGGACAUCGACGCCGAGUUGAGGAUGGCUCACCUUCAGGACGAGGACGGCGACCAGAACGGAGCCACCGCUGCCUCCGACAAUUCGCUCCACAGUGACGAGUUACAGAGGCUUCAGGACGAACUGAAGCGCAGCAUCUUCAGCGGAGUGGCUCUGCAGAACCAGGUGGCCGAAAUCGAGACGCAGCUCAAGCACUUUGACGGCGCGCUGGCCGCCAAGGACCAGGAGUGCUGGCAGCUGGCGUCGCAGCUGAACUCCCUGCAGAUCAUGGAGAGCAUGGAGGAGGAACCGAACCCCAAACCCCCCCCGCUGGGGAACGAGGCUCAGUGCAGCAUUUCCCGGUUGGUGGAUCUCAAACCGGGCCUGUCCCCCGUGGACGACACGGACUCGGACACCGGGAUCAGCUCCACGCACAGUCAGGACUCUCUUUCGCCGUGUCUGGACUUCCCCCCUCCGCUGGACUCCGAUGUUUGAAAAGCUCACAAGUCCCAAACCCUUCGCUUUUGUACAAAGAAAAUGGCAAAAACUGGCUUUUUGUUUCUUGAGAUGCCCAAGCUUAGUCCAGAUAUAUUUAUUGUUUUUAUAUUUUUCCUUUUUGAAAACUAGCAUUUUGGAUAAUCAAGUCCUUUUUCUUAUUGUCGGAAAUCAGAUUUGCUUAAAAUAAAAAUCAAUCCAAAGCCUUUAGAGAUCUCUACCAGCCAUCCUGGGAAAUUCUCGUGGAAUUUGUAUGUCCUUGAGUGCAUAAGAUCACAUGGACAUCAUGGACAUGCUUACUCCUUUUCUACCAAACAGGUUCUGGGCCAGUUCUGGUGCCGGUUCACAACUCGUUCAAUUUGGGAACCGGUUUUCUUUUCCACAGCUCGGUGCUAAGAGGAGCCACGUCAUUACGUCACUGCAAACGUCAGUUACGUCGCUGUGUUUGUGUGAAAGUUGCAGCAACAACCAGGUAUCUGCUCUAAUAGGACUUGGUCCACGUAGCUCCUCCGUCGACACAUCUCUAAAAGACAGGUUGUUUCCUCCUCCCAUGAUGCUUUGCUGCAUCCAGAUUCAUUCUGAUUUGAAAAUGUCUCCGUCUCCCAGUCUUGCUGUUGCCGUUGGUCUUAAUAACUCCACCCCGUCCACUUACGUAAGCGGUUCUUUCCUCUAGACCAGCAAAGAGUUGGUUGCUACCUUGGAACCAGAGCCAGUUCUUUGUCAGUGGAAACAGAAAGCCUGGUUCCAAACUCAGCACUGGCCCAGAACCAGAACCAGCCCUGGAACCGGUUUUGGUUGAAAAAGGGUAGCUGACGGGACCAUGUCUUUUAGCUGUACCGGGAACGCCUUCAUACGGAUGUGUUGGGUACCUGAACAACAUUGAUCCUGGAUGUUGUCAUCAGUGAUCGUGACUUGAAACUAGGGCUGUGUGAUUAAUCGAUUUUAAAUCUAAAUCGGAUUUAUUAUUCAAGACGAUGUUAAAAAAAGGAUUUUCCUUUUCUUGCAGCUGGCUGUAUUACAGACGGAGCUCGUCUAGUCAUCUUUGUUUGGUCAAGAAAAUUGUAAAUGUCACUUUACUAAACUCGAGGAUUUACAGUAUCUUUCAAUAGCACUUCAUUCCCAAUAGGGAAAUUUGUUUGCUAUUUUUCUUUAAAAAUAAAGAAACAAUGUAUUCCAUUGUCUUUUGUAGUUUUUCCAAAAAAAAAUAGGGUUUUCAGAGAAAUAAAUCAGGAUUUUAUUUUUGUCCAAAAUCGCCCAGCCCUACUUGAAACUUGGUCGUAUUGGGUCCAAAAAGUCGUAGGACAAGGUUUUCACGAGUCAGUAACCAUCGUAAAACUGUAAACAAUGUGGAUUGUUCACAUUAGCAACAGUAACUAAGGGGGGCGGGACUCACGAUAGGUAAAUCCUGCAGCCAUUUCUGUUGUAUUGAAUGACGGCUCUUGGACCAACGCCAACCAUCUUACUUCCGCUUUAGCGCUCGUGCAGAGCAAGGUUUCGUUGCAGUUCCUCGACCAGACACUAGAGGCUAUCCUUUAUGACUUCCUCACCUGUAAUCGCAACACUACCGCGUUUCGCGAAACAACCGCCCGUUUGUACGAACCGAGGGUCGGCUAAACAGACGGUAGCCCUGCAACUUUGAUUGACAUGCAGUGGUCAUGUUUCCAUCGGGAUGGAAGUUUUUUGUCAUUGCAUAAGCCCCUACCCUACCCUGUUGUGAUAGGUUAGGAACAAUGUGUGAUGGUACAACUGACCGUAUUGAGGCAUCAAAAUGUACUUUAAAGAUAAAAAAGCCCCAUAUUUCAGCCUGGACUUGUUUUUUUUUUAAGCUGCACUUAUUUGUAUAAUCAACUAUGUUUUAUAUUAAAACAAGAAGCUAAAUGGUUUGGAUGCAGAAUUUGUCAAAAAGUACAACGCUCCUCUGGACUACACUGUAAAUACUGCUGUAAGAUCUGUAAAUAUAACUUGCGCACAACUUUUUUUAAAAAAGCAAUUUGAUAAAGAAAUUGAAAAAAGUUCUAUUUAUUUAUCAUCUAAUUGUGUUUGAAGUACAUUUAUAUGACUAUCUCAAAAAAAGAAAAUCUAAUUUUUAUUAAAUAUGACAACACAUGAAAUCCAGUCACGUGCUUUCGCACUGUUAACUUCUUAAAACAACAACUAUACCUACAUAAAGAUGUGUAUUUUAACCUUCCUAAUAAAGGCUAAUG